AUGAACCAGUUCAGAACACCAGGAGGACAAAACGAAAUGCUUUCAACCGCUGAAGAUUAUGCGGAUGAUGUAAGUUGAUUUUUAAUUAUCAAAAAUCCAGUUAAUUAAUGUGAACAUUUUUAGCUUUUCCGUAAAACUCGUACAUUUUUGCCACAUAUUGCUCGUCUUUGUCUAGUCUCAACAUUUUUGGAAGAUGGUAUUCGUAUGUAUUUUCAAUGGGAGGAUCAAAAACAAUUUAUGCAGGUUGGUUAGAAACAUUUUCUGUGAGAACAAUUUAGAGAAUUUUGUAAAACAUAAAAAAUUUUUUUUUUUAAUUUAAUGAAACUCCUUCUCUCUCCUUUCACAUUUCAUAAUUUUAUUUUUCAGGAAUCCUGGUCUUGCGGAUGGUUCUUGGCCACAUUAUUCGUCAUCUACAAUUUCUUUGGUCAAUUUGUUCCAGUCGUCAUGAUUAUGUUGCGUAAAAAAGUUGUGAUCGCUUGCGGAAUUUUGGGCAGUAUCGUCAUCCUUCAAACUAUUGCUUACCACAUUCUUUGGGAUCUCAAAUUCUUGGCCAGAAAUAUUGCUGUUGGUGGUGGACUCGUUUUGUUGUUGGCUGAAACUCAAGAGGAAAAGAGCUCGUUGUUCGCUGGAGUUCCAACUAUGGGAGAUAGCAACAAACCAAAAUCGUAUAUGCUUUUGGCUGGACGUGUUUUGCUCAUUUUCAUGUUUGCAUCGCUUAUGCAUUUUGAGAUGAACUUCUUGCAGGUGAGCAAUAUUUUGAAUUUCACCUGCUACCAUAGGAUAUGUGUGAUUCAUCGAUUCUACUUAAAAUGGGAGAUAAAAAAUAAUUGAUUGAAACUUUAUUUGAAACUUCUAAAAGUUGUUAAAGGGGAAUGUGACAAUACCCUAAAAACUAGCAAGAACCCGGGAAUGAUGGGAACUUGUAUUUCUCUCGCACUCCACCUUUAAGAAAUGUCUUAUUUCAAGAAAAAAUACGACUGUUUAAAUUACAAAAACAAUCUUUGAAAUCUAGGUUUGCUUCAAUCAAAAAGUCAAAUUAAAAUAAAUAAAAAUCACGUUUAGAAAUACCUAAUCCAUUUUAUCAGCAUAACUAGAAAAAUCCUGAAAUAUUCAAUUUCCGGUACAUUUUAACACAUUUCCGUAACGUUUUGUUCUACUUUAUAACAAAAAACCAGUAUUCACUAGGAAAACUGGGGGAUUUAGAAACUUUAUUCUAGUUCUGUGGACCAAAAUCACAUUUUAUCUCGAUACAAAGACUAAAAUCAAUAAAAUAUUUAUUUCAGGUUUUGGAAAUUGUUGUCGGAUUUGCUCUCAUCACCUUGGUCUCAAUCGGUUACAAAACUAAACUCUCUGCAAUGGUUUUGGUUGCCUGGCUUUUCGGUCUCAAUCUCUGGCUCAACGCCUGGUGGACAAUUCCAUCCGAUCGUUUCUACCGUGAUUUCAUGAAAUACGAUUUCUUCCAAACUAUGUCUGUUAUUGGUGGUCUUUUGCUCGUUAUUGCUUAUGGUCCAGGAGGUGUCUCAGUUGAUGAUUAUAAGAAAAGAUGGUGA